UCUAGAUUCAACCCGGUUAAUAGUGCUCGUCAUGGGAAUGUGCAAUAAAAACCACUUUCUUCUGCUCUUAUUGAUUGCGUUCUUGGGAAAUGUAUUCGGCCAUACCAAUGAAGCGCGUUACGAUAAUGUGCGGCUAUAUCGUUUCUUUAUUGAAACCGAGGACCAAGUGAAAAUGUUGCAGAAAUUAGAAAAUACCAGCGAUAGCUAUUCCUUUAUGGGCCACGCGAGACAUGCAAACCAAAAUUUAACAGUCAUGGUAGCGGGUCACAAGAUCGCGGAGAUAACGGAGUUGAUGCACAGAUACCAACUAGAAGGAACCAUCUUGUUAUAUAAUAUGCAAGAACUGAUUGAUAAGGAGAAGCUCUCGAUCAUGCCAAAAAGUACACCGGCUGAGAGUUUUGAUUGGUCUCACUAUCAUCACUUGGACAGCAUCAACCGCUGGCUGGACUGGCAUGUUUCUCAUCACCCUCAGCUGAAGACAAUUCAGCUUGAUCUUAGCUAUGAGCAGCGACCAUUACGCGGAGUUAUGCUAUCGAAAGACCCGGCAAAUACGGCCGUGUUUUUGGAGUGUGGAAUUCACGCCCGCGAAUGGAUCUCACCAGCGAGUUGCACGUUUAUUCUCAACGAGCUACUGACCUCCGAUCGACCAGAUGUCCAGCGCUUGGCACAAAAUUUCAAUUGGAUCAUUUUUCCGGUCGUAAAUCCCGAUGGAUACCAUUACACCUUCGAGGCGGACCGUUUAUGGCGUAAAAACACACGACCGUACGGCCUUUGCCGAGGGGUAGACCUGAAUAGAAACUUUGCCAGCGACUGGAACGGUCCGGGUGCCAGUAUGGAUCCAUGCCGGUAUGAUUUUGCCGGAGGCAGCGAAUCAAGCGAACCUGAAACGAAAUCACUGGCUGCAUUCCUUCGCGACAACGUUGGCCAAUAUCGUAUUCAGACAUACUUUUCCAUUCACUCUUUCUCGCAGCUAGUAAUGUUCCCCUACGGGUACACCAAUCAAAAGGUGGCAAACUACAAUGAUCUUGUGUCGAUAGGACUGAAGGGUGCCCAGGCUAUCAAAAAUAAGCAUGGCAAAAAGUAUGUAUCGGGGGCAACGAUAGAAACGAUUUAUCCCACAUCGGGUGCUAGUGUCGAUUGGGUUUACGGUGACCUCGGUGUGCCGAUAGUGUUUACGUUCGAGUUGAGAGGCCCGCCUGAUAGCAACAACAUGUUCGUGCUGCCCGCUAACGAAAUAAUUCCAACCGCCGAAGAACUUCUCGAAGCUUUGAUCGCUAUGCUGGAUCAAGCCACUCGAUUGGGAUAUUAUACGCGCGAUACGACCAAGGAAGACCUUUGAAUGUCCGAAAAAGGUUGAUGUUGGUAUCUUGAUCUGAUAAACA